UAGGAAGUACGAAGUGCAGCAGAAUUGCAGCAGCAGCAGCGGGAGUGAAGGAGUGGCUUAAAGCAGCACCUCCAUCUACCUGGAGCUGCAGGAGCUGCAGGGUGUGGAUCAGCUCUACGGAUAUGAGCCCGGCUGGAGCGGAGAGCCUACUUUGCAAGGCCUAAGGAGGGUGUGAUGGUGUGCUUUUUGCUGUAAGAGGUUUUCAAGAUGUCAGGUGAUACCACCACACUGUCCUGGAAGGUGCCUACUCCAGGCUCCGAAGGACCAAAGAGCCCUGUGUUUGGCUUAGCUGGUGAGGGGGGACCUGUGAAGAUCCUCAAAGUGUGUUUCUGCAGCACCAACAACCUGAAGAACUUCAAACUGGUCAAGUGUGACAGUUCCUGGCAGAUAAGGGCCAUUAUCCAGUCUAUUCUGAUUAGUGGUCGUUUGGGUCCUAAUGUACAGAAUGGGCCGUGCUUUGGGUUAAGGCUCAAACAUCUGAAGUCUGAGGAGCACUACUGGCUGCACCCAGACCUGACUAUAGGAGACGUGGAGCAGCGCUACGAGAGACUUCAUGUGGAGGCAGAGUGGAGAUAUGACUUGAGAAUUCGCUACAUACCAGCUAAUUACCUGGAGACGUUUAAAGAAGACAGAACUUCACUGUUAUAUCUGUACCAUCAGGUUCGCAAUGACUACAUGCAACAUUAUGCCAGUAAGGUCAGUGAAGGCAUGGCACUGCAGCUGGGCUGUUUGGAGAUCAGGAGAUUUUACAAAGACAUGAACGCCAAAGGCCUUGAGAAGAAGUCUAAUUUUGAGCUGCUAGAGAAAGACGUUGGUCUGAACCUUUUCUUUCCACAGAAACUGAUAGACAGUAACAAGCCCAAACAGCUGAGAAAGAUGAUCCAGCAGACCUUCCUGCAGUACGGCACACUCAAAGAGGAAGAGUGCAUUCUCAAGUUCUUUAAGACCUUUGGUGAAUUCAUUAACUUUAAUGAAGAGGUUUUCCCCUGUGAACUAGUGCAAAGUUGGAGUCUAUCAGUGGAUUUAGUUAUUGGAGCAAGAGGGAUUCGGCAGCGUGCACACUCCGAUUCAUCGAUGCUCUGUCUGGCAGAAUUUAAACAGAUCCGAAGUAUCAAGAGCUCUGCGCAAGGUGAUGGCAAAGCCCUGUUACAGGUCGACAUCAAAGGAGCCAAACAGCCUCUCUCUGUCAAUGUGCCGACUCUGGCAAUGGCGGAAAACAUGGCGGAUUUGAUUGAUGGAUACUGCCGGCUAGAGAGCAACACAGAUUCAUCACUCAUAUCUCGGCCAAAUAAUAAAGGUCCUGAGAUUCGGAGUGCUCUUCCUGCAAUCCCUUCAGGACAGCUGCCUGAACCCUUUAAAGACACUGAAAGACUCAGCAGGAACUCUGAUAUAUACUGUGAAAUCAUGGAUGAAAAACCGCCCCCUCCUGUACCAAAAUUUGGAAUCCCUAGGAAGGCCAUUGUCUUGGGCCGGAUCUUGGGUGCAGGUUUUUUUGGGGAAGUCUAUGAAGGAGUUUAUAAAAAAGGGAAUGGUGAGAAGAUCAAUGUGGCUGUGAAAACCUGUAAAGACUGCUCACCCGACGUCAUGGAGAAGUUUAUGAGUGAAGCAGUGAUCAUGAAAAACCUGGACCACCCUCAUAUAGUGAGUUUGAUAGGAAUAAUUGAGGAAAGCCCAGUAUGGAUCAUCAUGGAGCUCUACCAGCAUGGCGAGCUCGGGAACUACUUGACCCAAAACAAGAACACUUUAACCAAUGUCACAUUAGUGCUGUUCAGCUUGCAGAUUUGCAAAGCUUUGGUCUAUUUACAAGGGAAGAACAUGGUACACAGGGACAUUGCUGUGAGAAACGUGCUUGUUGCUACACCAGAGUGUGUGAAGCUGGGUGACUUUGGCCUGUCCAGAUACAUAGAGAAUGAGGAGUAUUAUAAAGCCUCUAUUACUCGAUUACCCAUCAAAUGGAUGGCCCCUGAAUCCAUCAACUUCCGCCGCUUUACCACAGCCAGCGAUGUGUGGAUGUUUGCAGUGUGCAUGUGGGAGAUGAUGAGUUGUGGUCAGCAACCCUUCUUCUGGCUGGAGAAUCGUGAUGUGAUUAACCAGCUGGAGCAGGGCAUCAGACUGCCCAAGCCAGAGCUGUGCCCUCCUGCCCUCUAUUCCCUCAUGACCUGCUGCUGGAGCUACGACCCCGGCGAGAGACCCAGCUUCACCGAGCUCGUCUGCAGAAUCAGUGAUGUUCACACAAUGGAGAAGGAGCUGGAGGUGGAGAAGGAGAGAGACAGAGCUCGCUCCACCAAGUUCCUGGAGCCCAAGUUCACCGAGCCUCCUCCAAAGCCUUCAAGACUAAACCCUGGGCGCUUUGGGAACACCCUCAGCAUUGGUCUUCAUAUUCAGCUGAAUGAAGCAUUAUGUGCCAGUUCUCCAGAUCUGGCCAGUCCUUGUGAUUAUCAGUCUCCCAUAGACUCCACCAACACCCUGACUGUUCCUACCGUGGCCGCUCGUCGCCUCAGUCUGGGAGAGGAGUUCAGCGUGGGGCCGUCCAGCAUGGAGGACGCACAGCGCCUGUGGCAGGCAGAGAAGCAGCGGAUGCAGGACACCAUAAAGAAACAGAAAGAGGACAUGGUGGAUGAUAAACAUUGGCUGGACAAAGAGGAGAAACUUUUGGACCCCAAGAUUAAAGAGAAGACAGUUGUAGAGCUGCCGCCAGAGCCUGCUCAGGCUGACCCUCAGAUGGCUCCUGCAAAGCCCCCGAGAAUUUCAGUGCAGCCCGCCCCCACAGCUGAGCUGGACCGCUCUGAGGACAAGGUGUACCAGUGUGUCAUGGACUUGGUUAAAGUGGUGGUGCAGCUGAAAAACGAUGUGAACACACUGCCAUCUUCUGAGUAUAUAAGCAUAGUCAAGUCAGUUGGGAUGUCAUUGAGGGAUUUGAUUCACAGUGUAGAUGAUAUCCUUCCAACUCUCCAUGGGUCUGUAAGAACAGAGAUCGAGGGCACGCAGAAGCUGCUGAAUAAAGACAUGGCCGAGCUGAUCAGUAAGAUGCGUCUGGCUCAGCAGAACUCAAUCACCUCUCUAAAGGAGGAGUGCAAGAAGCAGAUGCUGGCGGCGGCUCACACGCUGGCCAUGGACGCCAAGAACCUGCUGGAUGCUGUGGACCAGGCACGGGUACGCGCCAACCUGGCCAAGCCCAAACCUGAGGAUGCAGACACUGACUAGAGAAUACAGAGCCUGCCACAUUUUAAACCAAGGACCUUGCUGACUCAUAAAGUUACUAUUCUAUAUCUGGAUAACUUGGAGGGCCAGUUUCCUGGAUACUGAUUAUGCCUGAAAUACAUUCCAGCCUGUGGAGCUCUUUCAUUUAGUAUCCAUUUUAUUCUUGGACAGAGAUGCUCAGCCUUGUCCCUGGAGACACACUCUCCCACUGAGUUUAGCUCUAAUGAACUCAAAGGACUCAAGGAAUAUAUUAAAGUUAAAGUUGGAUGUGAUAUUUUAUAUUAGGAAAUAAAAUUUGCAUUUGGACAGAUUUUUUUGGUGCAGUGCUGAUUUAGACUGAAUCUACAAUGCAGUCUCUGGACAAAGCAGUUUUAUAAGAUCUAACAUGACCUUGAUAAUUUUAUAUAAUUGUUCAGGACAGGACUGUUCAGUGGUCACCCUAUUUCAAUACUCAAUAUUGGUCUAUACAUAUAUUGUCUAAGGGCAGCAGAUGUGUGUCAGAUAAAUGUAUAAACCUUUUUGUGUUUUGUAUACAGAUGCAUGAAAUGACAUGCUUAUUUUUGGAGCUACGAUUUUAGCAUAAAAAUGAGGACAUCCUUACAGAUCACACUGUUGCGUUCCUCAGCUGUGCUCAUGUCCUCAUGUUGUCUGACAGUGAACUCUAAAGCAGUGUCAAUAAAAAAUGUAUUAAAUAAAAAAAAAA